GUCUCUCUCUCUCUCAUCUCACUGCAUCCCUCCACAAAAGCAAUAUAGCAACGAAACCACCACCACCAUCUAAUAAAGCGGUUGGUUCUGUGGAAACGCAUAUACAGAGAGGGACGGUUGUUCCGACAUUUUAACAAUUCUUGAAGCGAACGACGACGUCGACCGUUACCUGUUUCUUUAGAUCUCAGCAUCAUUAUAGGGUUUCGUUUUCCCGUAUUUAUGACGAUGCCAUUGUAGGUAGAGAGAGAGAGAGAGAGAGAGAGAGAGAGAGAGAGAGAGAGAAUCUAUUCCUCGCUAUGCACUCUCUGUAGAUCGAUUUUCAAAUUCUAUUUUCACCUUCUCUCUCUUCACUGAUUUUCACAGUGUUCGCCUCGAAAUGGUGGUCUCUGGGCCUAUAACACCUGGACUGGUGUCUUUCUUUCUUGGAUUUGUCCCCAUUUUCGUUGCAUGGAUGUAUUCCGAGUUGUUAGAAUAUAAGAAAUCUUCAUCUCCAUCUAAAGUUCAUUCAGACAGUAAUCUGGUUGAAUUGGGAAAUGAUAUGAUCAAGGAAGAUGAUCGGGCUGUCUUGCUGGAAGGAGGCCUCACAAAAUCAGCUUCCACGAAGUUCUAUGCUUCCUCCAUUAGAGCAAACUUGAUUAGGUUUCUAGCCAUGGAAGACUCAUUUCUGCUGGAAAAUCGAGCGACUUUGAGAGCAAUGUCCGAAUUUGGGGCAAUUCUGGUGUAUUUCUACAUAUGUGACCGCACAGAUUUGUUGGGAGAAUCUACCAAGAAUUACAAUCGGGAUCUUUUCCUCUUUCUCUACAUUCUUCUGGUCAUAGUCUCAGCACUGACGUCUCUCAAGAAACAUCAUGACAAGUCAGCGUUUUCAGGGAAAGCCAUACUUUACCUUAAUCGGCAUCAAACAGAAGAGUGGAAAGGAUGGAUGCAGGUCCUCUUUCUUAUGUAUCAUUACUUUGCUGCAACAGAAAUAUACAAUGCCAUUCGUGUUUUUAUCGCUGCAUAUGUCUGGAUGACUGGAUUUGGAAACUUCUCCUAUUACUAUAUCCGGAAGGAUUUUAGCCUAGCAAGGUUUGCUCAGAUGAUGUGGCGGCUAAAUUUCUUUGUGGCAUUUUGCUGUAUUGUUCUUAACAACGACUAUAUGCUGUAUUAUAUUUGCCCAAUGCACACGCUUUUCACUGUUAUGGUGUAUGGAGCCCUUGGUAUUUUCAACAAAUAUAAUGAGAUAAGAUCAGUGAUGGCUGUGAAGAUCUUUUCAUGCUUUCUUGUGGUUAUUGCGAUUUGGGAAAUUCCUGGAGUUUUUGACAUUUUAUGGAGCCCUUUAACGUUCUUGUUAGAAUACACUGAUCCUGCAAAACCAGAUCUUCCUCGGUUACAUGAAUGGCAUUUCAGAUCUGGGCUUGAUCGCUACAUAUGGAUCAUUGGAAUGAUAUAUGCGUAUUUUCACCCCAAUAUUGAGAAGUGGAUGGAGAAACUAGAGGAAUCUGAGACCAAACGGAGACGCGCAAUGAAAACAUGCAUUUUUUCGGUUUCUUUAUUUGUUGGCUAUCUGUGGUACGAAUAUAUUUACAAGCUAGACAAGGUUACAUACAACAAAUAUCAUCCCUACACAUCAUGGAUUCCAAUAACAGUUUACAUUUGCUUGCGGAAUUUCACUCAGGAGCUUCGGAAUUUUUCGUUGACUCUCUUUGCGUGGCUCGGCAAGAUUACCUUGGAGACGUAUAUUUCCCAGUUCCACAUCUGGCUGAGAUCAAGCACGCCUAAUGGACAACCCAAGUUGCUUCUCUCUCUCAUCCCGGAUUAUCCAAUGCUGAACUUCAUGCUCACCACUGCCAUUUAUGUCUUGGUGUCCCUUCGGCUAUUUGAACUAACGAACUCACUGAAGACAGUUUUUAUACCCACAAGAGACAACAAGCAAUUGCUUUAUAACACUCUUGCUGGGGCUGGCAUUUCUGUGUGUUUGUAUUCUCUCUCAUUCAUUCUUCUUCACAUCAUCCCUCGUUAACAGAGGCUCACAAACUAGAGGCCCUAAAGACUGAAGGCAGAGUUUUUUGACAUUUGGAUAUUAGCCAAAACAAGAUAGAGUAAGUAAUAGAGAAAUGAAGGUUGUGCUUGCAAAUCUAGCUAAUGAGGCUACUAGUAUUUCCUACAUUGAAGUGGAAAAUCGCUCCCCGUUGCUGUGGAUUAGCUUUGGCAAAAUGUGGAAUUUGUCUCGGGGAGAUUGGCUGAAGGCAUAUGUGGUCGUAGAAAACUGGGUUUCACCUGUGUAUGAUUGUUGGUUACCACAUAUUGAAUUUGUUUGCACAUGUUCGUGUAUAUUCAUUUUUCUAAUAAAGUAGUAGUAGUAUUCAUUUGUGGCGGGAAGUACGCUUAUAUGAUAUAGGUUUGUUGUCUGGGGAAAGGUCAUUGUAAACAGCAUUCUUUUUUGUGAAUUGUUCUCUCA